UUAAUAAAAGUUUGUCAAACUGUCAAUGUCUAUUGUUCCAAAUGAAAUAGUGAUUUAUUUUCUUGAUUGUGUAAAGAUUUAACGCUGAAAUUGGUUUCGUAUUCUCAUUUUUGUGGAAUCAUUUGCUGCAAAUUAAUUGCGCAUGUAUUUAAACAUGUUCAACGCAGAGUUGAACAGUGUGGACCCUGGAAGAUUUGCGAGUAAUUCGAAAUCCAUAGAAUUUGGUCCGUGGCACAUAUCGUAUGAUGUUAGCUGUAUACUGCCAAGUGUGUGUUCUACAAAGGUCGUUUGCGAACGCGAAGACGAUCAAUUUUGCCAGUUUUGUAUAUACUGCAAAGAACUGAAGAUACCACACUUUCCUGAUAUGGUGUUUCCUAAAAAUAUUCUGAAGCUGAACCAUAACAGUGGUGCCCAGAUAUGUUUUAAUCCUCUUGAUUCUCUGAAAUGUGUUGCAAGCAGGAUGGAGGCCAUAGAAGUGUCAUGUGCUGAAGCCUGGCAGGAGGCCCGACCAGAUGCACCAAAACCAAAGCGGCCUUUUGAUUGGACAUUUUCAACUGAUUACAAAGGAACACUCACAGAUAAUAUUGUUGUAGAGGCGACCAGUGAAACAAUUGAUUUUAAUUUACUCAAACAAAAGGAACAAAUCCUUUUCUACCAUGAUCUAACUUUAUUUGAAGAUGAACUUCAUGAUCAUGGAAUAUCAAAAUUGUCUGUAAAAAUAAGAGUGAUGCCAACAUACUGGUAUGUGCUGCUGAGAUACUUCCUGAGAGUAGAUGAUGUGCUGGUGAGGUCCAAUGAAACCAGAAUGUUCCAUUUGCUCAACUCCGACUAUGUCCUCAGGGAAUACACUGUGAAAGAGGCACAAGCUAAAGACUUAAAUAUGCCUACAGCUCACAUGAAAGAAGCUGAUGAUGUGAUACCAAUUCUACCGGUUAAAGAAAAAAUAACACACAAAUUAAUUGUGAAUAUACCUUCUAAAUAGAGUGCUUUGAUCUCCAAUAAUUAUAAUAUUAAAUAAAAUAAGUUAAGCAUUUAAUAAUGAGUUAGUUAUUAUGGGGUUGUAACUACACUAUUUUAAUUAAGAGCUUGAAGGAACAAUGAAAUGGUUACAAUUGUGAAAGGAUUGCAGUACUGACAAAAAUUUACUAUUGCAAUUUACAAAUUAUACUAUGCAUUCAAAACGACAUUGGAAUAUUAAGUUUCUUAAAAAGAAGCUUUCCACUAUUAGUUACAGAGGUAAUGUUAUUGUAAGUUCUCCCGCCAGAGGGCAGCACUAGCGAAACUAAAAUUACAAGUAACCUGAAAAAUUACCAUGUAUUAGUUAAUGUCAAUUAAAUAGGAUGUUAAGUAUCCAGAAAGUGUAUUUAAACCGUCAUAUUAGUAGAAAGAUUCAGUCAAAGUCUUGAGUGCCAGUGAUGCCCUCUGCUCAGAGUUUGCAUAAUAUUCCCUGCUGUGUAAUAAAGUCAUCACAAUGAACAUGGAUAAACACUUGUACUGAUAGAUGGAUAAAAGUAUUAACUGUGGUAUUCAUAAUACAACGGUGCUCUUUUAUAUUAUUACAAAAGCAAAAAUAAAGGUAUUAAAAAACCAAUACGCUUUUUUUGCCUUUUGUUUUAAACAACACUUCGUCAACGACAUCCCGCGGCUUCACCUGUGCGGCGAUAGAAAAGAGUAGCCUAUAUUUAUCCCCAGACUCCUACACUAUACUACACACAUACACAAUCAGCCUAUAAGUGGCCACUGCUAACGAAAGCCUCUUCUCGCAUAGAGAAGGUUUGAACAUCAAUCACCAUGCUUGCUCAAUGCGGGUUGACGAUUUCAAACUUAGGUUUCCCACGAUGUUUUCCUUCACCGUUUGUUAAUGGUGUCUAAAUAAUAAUCUUGAGUACAUAGGUAUAACUCACAAAGAGUCAUAUUUGGUACUUGUCGUUGGUAGCUUACGAUCCCGCAUACUUAUGCAUGAGAAGCGGUCGUCUUAAACCUCCGGGUCAUCACGGCAGACACUAUCUCUAAUAUCCAUACACAAGUUGCAAUGUGAAAGAAAAAAGAAAACAUAACAUUAAAUAUAGAUUAUAAGAUACAUUUUGACUGCGUUUUCAACCUCGCAAAGAGAACAAAAGAAAUAUAUAUUUCACAUAACAUCAACUGCGACAGCAGUUUGAUAAAAUUUUGACUUUCGAUACUUUAGAACGGAAAUCAUAUUUUCUUGUAUUAAAUUUCAAAAUGAUUUCGACUUAGAUGAAUUUUAAAUGUUAUUAAGUAGACGUGUAAUGUAGGCACCACUAAUGUUGUGGGUGCAGAAUUUGAUUAUUACCUAAUAAAAUCGUGCAAGUACAUUAUUUUGUA